UCGAGCAGACUCGCUUCCGUGUUUGUCGACCUCUCCGGAACGCUACAUGUCGGCGAUGUGCCGACAGCCGGCGCAGCUGCAGCCAUCAAGCGCUUGAGGAGUGCGGGCGUGGUCCUGCGCUUCGUCUCGAACACGUCAAAGGAGUCUCGGUCGUCGCUACUCCAGAAGAUGCACAAGAUGGAGCUGGACGUCCGAGAAGAAGAGCUGUUCACGUCGCUGUCGGCGGUCCGAGAUGUCGUCGUCAAGCGCAACCUCAACCCUCUGUACCUCCUCACCCCCUCCGCUCGAUCCGACUUUCCUCCCGCCUCUCCCCCUUUCGACAGCGUCGUCGUCGGCCUCGCGCCGAACGCGUUCGACUACGAGCAGCUCAACGCGGCCUUCCGACUGUUGAGCGGCGAGGAGGGCGGCCGCAAACGAGGCGAGGUGCCGCUCCUCGUCACGCACAAGGCGCGCUUCUUCGGCGACAAGGACGGCAAGCUGAGCCUGGGACCAGGUGCGCACUCUCUCUCUCUGCGACCGUUCAUCUCGGCGCUCGAGGAGGCGGCCGGGUGCGAGGCAGAGACCGUCGGCAAACCCUCACACGCCUUCUUUCAGCUCGCGCUCGACUCGCUCGCCUCGCACGGCCUCGAGAACUCGCAGAUUGGCAUGAUCGGCGACGACGCAGUCCAGGACGUCGGGCCAGCCGUCGCGGCGCUCGGUUUCCGCCGAUUCCUCGUGCAAACGGGCAAGUACAGGGCGGGCGACGAGGACCGGCUCGAGGGGGACGAGGGCGGCGACGCGCUGAGUGCGACGCCGGCGUGGGUCGGCAAGGACUUUGCGGCGGCAGUCGACGCCGUGCUGGCGGGCGAGCCGUGA